AUGGCGGCAAGCAACUCAAGGGAUGACCCGAAGCAGAAUGGGCGCUAUGACGAUACACUGACGGAUGUCUCCUCGAACGAGGAGCUUUUGGCCACUAUCCCUAAGGGCAGCAUGGAUCCGGUGUACGAGGCCAAAGCAUUGUUGCUGAACAAGGCCAUCCUCGACAUUGGGAUGGGGUGGUAUCAAUGGCAGCUAUUCAUUGUAAUCGGCUUUGGAUGGGCUAGUGACAACAUGUGGCCAGUCAUUACCUCACUCAUCUUUACCCCUGUGAAGAACGAGUUUAUGCCAUCAAAGGCUCCGCUCCUUACUCUUGCACAAAAUUUGGGGUUACUGGUGGGUGCUGUCUUCUGGGGAUUUGGAUGCGACGUGUACGGGAGGAAAUGGGCCUUCAACCUGACAAUUGGAAUAACUGCUGUGUUUGGGCUGGCUGCAGCAGGCUCGCCGUCCUUUGCUGCCAUUGGAGCCUUUGCCGCGCUGUGGUCUAUUGGAGUAGGAGGCAACUUACCCGUUGACUCCGCAAUCUUCCUUGAAUUUCUGCCGUCAACGCACCAGUACCUGCUUACCAUCCUUUCUAUCGACUGGGCUCUGGCACAAGUGCUGGCGAACCUAAUUGCAUGGCCAUUGCUCGGGAAUUAUUCCUGCCAGGAGCAUUCCGAAUGCACUAGGUCUGCAAACAUGGGUUGGAGGUACUUCCUGAUUGCUAUGGGAGGGUAUCACUUGUCAUGUCUUUUUACGCUUCACUUGCUUCACUAUCUUCGAGUCCCCGAAUAUCUGAUGGGAAAGGCCUCGAUGAAGAAGCAACGAGGCGGCAAAGUUUCUACCCUCACUAUCGAUGACCUUGCUCGUAUUGGGCCCCCUAUAAAGAGCAUGCCAAAGCUGCAGUGCGGGCACCUGAAGAAAUUUGACUUCGAGCAUGUGAGAGCACUAUUUGGAUCGCCUCUUCUAGCAUUUUCAACCUCAGUUAUAAUCGGUGUUUGGGCGUUCAUUGGUCUUGGAUUUCCUCUGUACAACGCAUUUCUGCCAUUUAUCCAGGCCUCUCGAGGUGCGGAUUUUGGUGACAGCUCUACCUACAUCACAUACCGGAACUCGCUUAUUAUUGCAGCCCUGGGAAUACCAGGCUCUCUCAUCGGAGGUAUCCUCAACUGUGCCUACAACUUCAUGAGCAACAUCAUGUAUGCUGUUCUUUAUGCCUAUACGCCUGAGAUCUUCCCUACCAAGGACCGAGGAACGGGCAAUGCUUUGACUGCUGCAGCAAAUCGCAUUUUCGGCGUUAUGGCCCCCAUUAUUGCCAUGUUUGCUAAUCUUCAGACAGCUGCGCCCGUAUAUGUUAGCGGUGCCUUGUUCAUAGCCGCUGGCAUCUUGGUUAUGUUCCAGCCCUUUGAGUCCAGGGGGAAGGCUAGUUUGUGA